AUGGCAAAGAGGGUGGCCAUCAUCGGAGGGGGCAGCAGCGGGCUUUGCGCCAUCAAAGCCUGCCUGCAAGAGGGGCUGGAGCCCAUCUGCUUCGAGAGGACCGGGGACAUCGGAGGGCUCUGGAGGUUUGAGGUAAACCCUGCCGGCCACACCAAGUGCCCCGACUUCGCCACCACGGGCCGGUGGGAGGUGGUGACCGAGAGCAAGGGGAAGCAGGAGGCGGCCGUCUUCGACGCCGUGCUGGUGUGCACUGGGCACCAUACUGAUGCGCAUCUCCCGCUGAGCACCUUCCCAGGAAUCGAGAAGUUCAAGGGCUGCUACCUCCACAGCCGAGACUACAAGGACGCUAAAGAUUUCACAGACAAGAGGGUCGUUGUCAUCGGGAUCGGGAAUUCAGGGUCGGACCUGGCCGUGGAGAUCAGCCAAGCAGCCAAGCAGGUCUUUCUCAGCACCCGUCGGGGCGCGUGGAUCUUCAACCGCGUUGCAGAUCAGGGCUAUCCCGUCGACAUCAUCUUAACCACCCGCAUGAAUACGUUCUUGAAUAAUCUGCUGAGCCCAUCCAUGGUGAGCAACUUCAUGGAGAAAAAGAUGAACGCCAGAUUUGACCACUCGCUCUACGGCCUGAAGCCAAAGCACAGGAUCCUUGACCAGCACCCGACCAUCAACGAUGACCUGCCCAACCGCAUCAUUUCGGGCAGGGUGCUGGUGAAACCAAACAUCCAGGAGUUCACAGAGACAUCUGCAGUCUUUGAGGAUGGCACCAAGGAAGACAUUGAUGCCGUGGUCUUCGCCACAGGAUACAGCUUCUCCUUCCCCUUCCUUGAGGGCUGCGUGAAGGUGGUGGAGAACCAGAUCCCCCUCUACAAAUUCAUGUUCCCUGCCGACCUGGAAAAGCCGACACUGGCUUUCAUCGGCCUCAUCCAGCCCCUGGGUGCCAUCAUGCCCAUCUCCGAGCUCCAGUGUCGCUGGGCCACCCGCGUCUUCCCAGGGCUGAACAAGCUGCCCCCACGGCACGACAUGGAGGCUGACAUCGAGAAGAAGAAAGAAGCGAUGGCAAAGCGGUACGUGAAGAGCCAGCGGCACACCAUCCAAGUGGAUUACAUCCCCUACAUGGAUGAGCUCGCCUGCCAGGUUGGGGUCAAGCCCAACCUGCUCACCCUCUUCCUCACCGACCCCAAGUUGGCGCUGGAGGUGGCCUUUGGGCCCUGCACGCCAUACCAGUACCGCCUGCAGGGCCCGGGCGAGUGGUCAGGGGCCAGGGAGGCCAUCCUCACCCAGCGGCAGCGCGUCAUCAAGCCCCUGCAGACGCGGCAUGUGGAGGAGCAAGCAAUGACCCCUGCCGUGCCCCUCCUCUUCAAGCUGGUCGGGGCCAUGGCUGUCCUCGCCGUCAUUUUUGCUUACUUGUAG